AUGGUGUCGAUCCUGGCGGUGGCGGGCUGCGGCGAAUCCAGCUGUUCUGAGUGCACGAACGACGUGAGUCAAAUAUGCGAGACAGGUGAGCAUUAUGGAAUCGGACAAGAUGGGUCGUUCGCCCCAUACAUUGCGAUCAAGGCGCGGGCGGCCGCCAGACUUCCUGAGGGAGUGAGCGUCGCAGCGGGCGCCGUUGCGACGGAUGCCGUGCUGACGGCUUAUCAUGCUGUCGUGGGGCGGGCGCAGGCUGAGAAGAGCGAUACGAUUCUCUUGUAUGGACUGGGCGGGCUGGGCUUCAAUGCACUUCAGAUUUUGCUCGAUAUUGGCUCGAGGGUCAUUGUCGUGGAGAAACGACAAGCGGUGCUGGACGAGGCUGUCAAGUUCGGGGUGAAGGCCGAGAAUGUUGUCCCUGCUGGUACGAGCAACGUCACGGAAUGGGUUGAACAAAGAGGCUUGGUCGUUGAUAAAGUGAUCGAUUUUGUUGGGACCUCGGAUUCUUUCAGAACAUCACUCGACUGUGCCCGUAGAGCAGGGACUGUCGUGCUUGUUGGCCUGCUUGACCCCAGUAUCUCCUUCAACUCUGUGAGCGCAGUGCGCAAGCAGCUGAAUAUACUCUGCAGCUACGGAGGGACUCAAACUGACCUUCGAGCAUCGCUCGACUUAAUCGCGAAAGGUGUAAUCAAGCCGCAAGUUGAGACCGGGCUUCUGGCCGAUUUUGACAAAGUUCUGGCUGAUCUGCAUGCGGGCAAGAUCAAGAGCAGAAUUGCUCUGGUACCUGAAGGUCUGUAG